ACGCAAUAAAUACAUUUAUUAAUAUAACUACAUAUUGUAAGCGUUGAAUUCCGAGCGUGGUUCUGUUUGAUAAUUAGUCAUUCUACAUCAACAAAGUAAUACGGUCGCUAUGAAACCGACGGCUUGGGAUUAUUUACUGUUAUAUUUUAUGAUGAACCAGUUCCAAACUAUACUAUCGAAAUGUGACAACUACUACGCCAUCUUGGAGAAGAAUAUGGAUAAUGAAACAUUUCACGUUUACGAGCCUGCAUAUGUAGAUGAUGUCGAUUGGGAUAUGAUGAGCUAUUCAAAGGAUUGUUACAUCGAAGUGGCCUGUCUAAAAACUACUCAUGCAUGCAAUUCCCAUCCCGCGAAGUCAAAUGCCAGCGUUCAUGAAGUCGUAGAUGAUGAUUUUGACAAGCUAAGACAGAACAUCAAUAAAGCUGAUAAGAAUGAACCAAAGGUUGAUGAGGAUGAGAAACAUAUUAGUAAAAAUAAUCGAAGUGAUGAUAAAAACGAUCAGGAUGUUGAAAAUACAAACAAUAAACUUGAUGAGCAAGAGAUGAGUAAUAAAACAGAUAGUGGAUCAAAAAAUGAUAAAAACAGUACAAAAGUUGAUGAAACAGAGGCAAAAAUUGCUAAUAACACUCAUAAUUCUAAUAAUGAUGUACAUCACGAUAGUGAGAAUAACAAGAACAGAACUGUCGACAAUCAAGAAGAACAUGAAUGGUAUCAGCCAAAAAAUGAUGAAGUUGGUCCAAAAGCAGAUCAAAAUGAGGACCAAGACAGUAAAAAAGCUGAUGAAACGGACCAAAAACUUACCAACAACACGCAAAAUUCGAAUAAUGAAAAUAAACCUAAUCAAGAAAGUAAAAACAUAAAUGAAACCAAUCAGCUAAUUGACAGUAGCACACAGAACACACAAAAUUCGAAUAAUGAAAAUAAACCUAAUCAAGAAAGUAAAAACAUAAAUGAAACCGAUCAGCUAAUUGACAGUAGCACACAGAACACACAAAAUUCGAAUAAUGAAAAUAAACCUAAUCAAGAAAGUAAAAACAUAAAUGAAACCGAUCAGCUAAUUGACAGUAGCACACAGAACACACAAAAUUCGAAUAAUGAAAAUAAACCUAAUCAAGAAAGUAAAAACAUAAAUGAAACCGAUCAGCUAAUUGACAGUAGCACACAGAACACACAAAAUUUGGAUAAUGAAAAUAAACCUAAUCAAGAAAGUAAAAACAUAAAUGAAACCGAUCAGCUAAUUGACAGUAGCACACAGAACACACAAAAUUUGGAUAAUGAAAAUAAACCUAAUCAAGAAAGUAAAAACAUAAAUGAAACCGAUCAGCUAAUUGACAGUAGCACACAGAACACACAAAAUUUGAAUAAUGAAAAUAAACCUAAUCAAGAAAGUAAAAACAUAAAUGAAACCGAUCAGCUAAUUGACAGUAGCACACAGAACACACAAAAUUCGAAUAAUGAAAAUAAACCUAAUCAAGAAAGUAAAAACAUAAAUGAAACCGAUCAGAUAAUUGACAGUAGCACACAGAACACACAAAAUUUGGAUAAUGAAAAUAAACCUAAUCAAGAAAGUAAAAACAUAAAUGAAACCGAUCAGCUAAUUGACAGUAGCACACAGAACAUACAAAAUCCGAAUAAUGAAAAUAAACCUAAUCAAGAAAGUAAAAACAUAAAUGAAACCGAUCAGCUAAUUGACAGUAGCACACAGAAUUAUAACGUACGUGAUGAGAAUACAGACAACAUGAACGAAAUGAUGAAGAGUGCAACAGAACAUGACCCGUUAGAUAAAAUGUUGGAGUGUUGUGAGUUCUUCAAGAAAUUAUUUGGAAACAAAACCACUGGUACAACAAAUGUAAUCGCAGAACAUAUAACGGCCGGUGAAUACGAGAAUGAAUCGAAUAUACCGGUUUUCGCAAUUACAUUGGCAUGUUUAUUAGCAGUCGGUUCUAUGUUGUUCGUUUUUGUCGCAUGCCAUAAAUUAAGCGAGAUGUUUCAAUCUGGACGAUACUAUUUGUCAUCGUGAGGCUAAUUCCGUAAUACGCUUCUGAGUCUCAAUUAUGCUUCGCCGUACAUAUCUGCUAAAACGAACCUCCUUCCGUUUCUCUGACGGUAGAAUUACAGAAAACCUUUUCUUAAUAACAACAACAACAACGGAACAAAUCGAUCAGAUGAACGACUUUGGAGUUUCUAAAUUACCGAACAACCGUACUCAUUCUGAAACCAGAGGCGGUAAAGUGUUGGCGCGAUGCUGCCACCUCAUUUGACAUUGACAUUUCAUAUCUCUAAUACAAACCCUAAAGAGACGGUUUGUUCCCUUUGCUAAAACGGAACACCCCUAGGCCGAAGCAAAUGGAAAUCAAUAUUCGUUUAUUAAAUGAUGUUAUAU